AUGUUGGGGCAAGCUNUCCUGUUCACAACCUUUCUGCUCCUCAAGGCUCAUCAGGGCCAAGACUGCUCAGAUUCUUCUGAAGAAGUGGUUGGUGUCUCAGGAAAGCCUGUCUGGCUGAGGCCUUCCAACAUACAGACAAAAGAUGUUUCUAUUCAAUGGAAGAAGAUAGAACAGGGCUCAAACACAAAAACUGAGAUCCUGAGUUGGUGUAGUUCUGAUCCCAUUAGCCCAACUGUGGCUUCUCGUGAUGUCUAUGGUUUUGAUUAUGGGAAUUUUGCUCUUAGUAUCAAGUCAGCCAAGCUGCAAGACAGUGGUCACUACCAGCUGGAGAUCACCAACAAAAACGGAAAAAUGUGCAUUAAGAACUUCCAAAUUCUUAUAUUUGAUCAUGUUGAGACACCUCUCCUGAAGGCCCAGUGGAAGCUCUGGGCUAAUGGGACUUGUCAACUGUUUUUGUCCUGCUUGGUGCCCAAGGAUGACAAUGUGAGCUACGCUUUGUACAGAGGGAACACGCUGAUCUCGAAUCAAAGGAAUGGUACCCUCUGGGAGAACCAGACUGAUGCCAGCAGCCUGCACACAUAUACCUGCAACGUUAGCAACAGAGCCAGCUGGGCAAACCACACCCUGAACUUCACCCAUGGCUGUCAGAGUGCCCCUUCUAAAUUCAGAUUUCUGCCCUUUGUGGUGAUCAUCGGAAUUCUAGGUGCACUGUUUCUCGGGGCCGUCAUUUGCUUCUGUGUGUGGACGAAGAAGAGAAAGCAGUUACAGUUCAGCCCUAAGGAGCCUUCAACAAUAUAUGAAUAUGUCAAGGACUCACGAGUGAGCAGGGAUCAAGAAGGAUGCUCUAGGGCCUCUGGAUCUCCCUCAGCUGUCCAGGAAGAUGAGCGGGGACAAAGAGAACUGGACAGGCGUUUGUUUGAGGAGCAGAUGCCAGAACAGAAUUCCCCUGGAGACAGAGGUGCCAUGUACUCUAUGAUCCAGUGCAAGCCUUCUGAUUCCACAUCACAAGAAAAAUGUACAGUAUAUUCAGUAGUCCAGCCUUCCAGGAAGUCUGGAUCCAAGAAGAGGAACCAGAGCCCUUCCUUAAAUUGCACUGUGUAUGAGGAGGUUGGAAAGCAAUGGCUCGAACCCCACAACCCUGCCAGGCUGAGCCGCAGAGAGCUGGAGAACUUUGAUAUCUACUCCUAG